AUGGAAAGAUUAUCAUAAAACUAAAAUAAGAAACUAUAAAUAUAAGAAGAGAGAUUUACUGAAAUUGAAAGAGAAAAUCGUAUCUUAUUAGAAAAGAUUCAAAAUAUUAUGAGUAAUCUUAUAAUAUAAUAGUAGAUAAUGAACGUAAGAGAGCAACUUCAAAUUGGUAGAAUAAUAAUAUGACAGCCUCUAAUUUUAAUUAAUCUUAAUCUGUUAAUAGGAAAUAAUCUCUAAAUAAAGAAAAAAGGAAAAAAGAGUUGGUCAGAAUUACAAUUGAAAAUUAAAGAUUAAUGAAUAGACUAGUUACUAAAAAACCUAAUUAUAAUACUAAAAUUAUUUUAAAAUAAACCUCUUAAUAAUAAUAAUUAGUUAAUUAGAUUGCUGAAUACCCACUCAAAAAAUCAAGGAUUCAAAGCUCUAAUCGAUAAAAAAGCGUUGAUCUUUCAAGUAAAUAUGAUCUGUUAUUAAAGAGAGUAGUUUUAUGGGAUGUUUGCCUAUUUAGUGUAAUUAAACACCUAAUAAUUAAUAAUCCAAAAAAAUUAUGCUUUAUAAAUCAAAUAAAAAAAUUAAUGAUAAAUUAUACUACAUUGAGGUUUUCUAUGAAGAUGAGUAUAUAUUACAAAUAUUCAUUCUAGUCUAUUUAAAAUUACUGUAGAUGAUGAACAAUGUCCAAAUACAAAGGUAUUUGAAAUGCCUCAAGAAGAUGGUUAAAUUGUUUUGAAAGAGAUAUACAAUAAUAAUAUAUUAUAGUUAGUAGAAGCUAUAAGUGUUGAUAAUAAUAUUCAUUUAGCAGGAUUGGAAUAAUUUGAGUAAUCUCAAUGA